AUUUUGUAAAGCCUACCGUUUUCAUCUCCUUUGUGCUACGAGUGAACGGAGAGAGAGAGAAAGGGAGAGAGUGUGAAGUGAAUAAGUGAACACAAGGACGAUGAUCUAGAGUGAACGUGAAGUAAAGUGAAGUGCAAAAAAGUGAACAAGUAUUGAAAGUGACGGCAAUUAAGCAAGCAUCCAUCAGUUUCAUCUUCCUCAUCUCAGCAUAUGUGAAUAGCAUAGAAACUUGUCAGACUUAAUUCUUUAUUUCUGCGUCAUAUUCCCUCCUCCUCCUCCUCCGCCUCAUCAUCAUCAUCAUCAUCAUCAUCCUACGACCCCUUCCCAACCACUCCCAUAUUACUCCCUCUCUUCCCCAACUCCACUCCGCUACCAAUCCCCUCAUUUGGUCUCUCCUGUUCGUAACCCGGAGUGGAGAAGCUUCAUCAGGAUAUGGCAAAGCUCGCGACGGUGAUGUUCUCUGCGCUUCUGCUUGGUUUAUGGGCGUGUAGGGAUGCAGUCCACGCCCUUAACAAUACGGACGCGCACACUCAUCCCAUGGACACCUCCACGCACUCCCAUACGCUUGGUCGGUGGAGCGGGGUGGCUGGACGGAACCUGAGCUGCGGGAGUCUGAACGAGGCGGUACGGAUGGCGCAAGUGACCAUGGAUUUUAUUGACGAGUUUAAGGAUGACUAUGCCCACGCUGCUAUCGCUAACCUCUCCUGGGACCAGGUGGACCAGCUCCUCCCUGCCUCCUAUGACGUGGACUCAAUACAGGUGUGCGUGGAAGCUAACAAGGGCUGCAUACCUGUCCUGCCCGUGCUGCCGCCCCCGCCCUACACCCCCCCUGAGACCGAGGACCAGACGAAGAGACUGAUGGUGGUGGUGAUUGGCUUCCUCCAGCGUUACUCCGUGGCGGCAGACACCCUCGUCCUCGACCAGUCCCUGUCUGAGGACGCGCGGGGGUUCCUCGACGAGAUGGUUGACCUCCAGGGUUAUAUCGAAGACCUGAUAGACGUGUUCCUCAUCCCCCUGACCUCCUGUGACCUGACCCCCGACCCCCACCUCGUGAUGGACCUGACCCGAAGGAUGCACCAGAAGGUCGAUGAGCUCAAGGUGGAUGUGAGGGGCUUCAUGGGCCUCCGCCAAAUCCGUUUAGGGCUUCUGUACCUCGUCAGUGUGUUCUCGGAGCCUACAAGAGAUCCUACGCGGGUCUAGAAUGCGACGGGGGAAGGAAGCCGUAAAGGAAAGGAGGCUGAGAGGAGGGACAGUACUUCUAGAACGGCAUUUCUUAACCUGGAGUCUACUAAUCAACUUGUAUAUCUAUCUAUUUAUCCAUCUAUCUAUAAGUCUAUCCCUCCCUCUUCUGUAUCAUUUCCUCCAUGGUGCUGAAGUUUAUUUUAGUGUGUGCUAAAAAUGAGCAUCACCCAAGUUACUAAGGCCAUGGUUAGGACGGCCAGAUAGCACAUGUGUUGUUAAUUCAGCAAAAACGACAUACAGAAGCAGCCAUCGACUAUUACCACUGUUUUCCUGUCGAUUUUAAUACGAAUGUUAUCUUUGAACCCUCAUUUUUUUAACCCAGUAGCUGCGGGGAUCAUGUUUCUUAAAGGCUCCUCUACACGAAUUAAUGAGAGAAAAAAUCAUCACUCAUGCAAACCAUUUCAUAAUUUAUAUCAACGCAUUUGUGAUCAGUUAAUGCACCAUCUAUUUUGGGGGGCUUUAUGUCAUAGCAAUAAUUUGGCCCGUCGCUGGUACACGGUGAAGACACUAAUUUGGUCAGUCGCUGCUACCGGGUUAAAGGAUGAACGAAAUAAAACAUGGAACAACA